AACAUCUGACAAAUUACAACUCUGCUGCCAUUAUUUAUUACUCUGCUGCACUUCUUUGAUCGGGGCAUUGUUAAAUUUAAAAUUAAUCUUUAAGGUGUAAUGUGUAUUUUUUUAUUUUUUUUUAUUUACACUUCUUUUCUGCUACCACAGAGCAACAGCUGCGGCAGCGACAGCAGCAUGUUGUGCAGGGUGAAGGAGGCAGCGCAACAUCCAGACGCACUUGUGGGUUAAAGAAAGGUUUCAGCUCUGAACCUUCACUGAUUUUCUUUCUUUUUCUGCCUGCAAGCAAGUUCCCCUCAGGAUUGAAGACACGUAUCAGGAUGGCAGCAGCCUCUACAGAUUCGGGGCAGGGGUCCACCAAGAUAACACCUGAAGUGCUGCGGGAGAUGCUCCAGUACUACAACCUGAGCCGCCAGGAGUUCAUUAACACUUACAACAUCCAGCCGCUCGUCUACAUCCCCGAGUUACCGUACAGCGCCAAGAUCACCUUCGUGAUCAUGUAUAUGGUUAUUUUCGUCAUGGCUCUGGCUGGAAAUAGUUUGGUCAUCUAUAUAGUUGUGAAGAAACGAGCGAUACAGACGGCGACAGAUAUUUUUAUUUGCUCUCUGGCGGUCAGCGACCUGCUCAUCACUUUCUUCUGCAUACCUUUUACUUUGCUGCAGAACAUCUCCUCUGAAUGGGUCGGGGGGGUUCUGGUUUGCAAGACAGUUCCCUUUGUACAGACUACAGCAAUAGUGACAGGCAUCCUCACAAUGACCUGCAUUGCCAUUGAGAGAUACCAGGGCAUUGUCUUCCCGCUGAAAAUGAGGAGGCAGUACUCGUCCAAAAGAGCAUACAAGAUGCUAGGGCUGGUAUGGAUUGCGUCAGUGAUAGUGGGUUCACCAAUGCUGUUUGUGCAACAGUUAGAGGUGAAGUACGACUUCUUGUAUGAUCACUACCACGUGUGCUGUCAGGAGAGUUGGCGCUCUCUAACUCACAGGCAGGCGUACACAACCUUCAUCAUGGUGGCUCUUUUCCUGCUCCCUCUGGUAGCCAUGCUGUUCCUCUACACCCGUAUUGGCAUUGAGUUGUGGAUCCGCAAGAGGGUGGGCGACUCCUCAGUCCUCAACACUAUGAACCACAGGGAGAUCAGUAAGAUCUCAAGGAAAAAGAAAAGAGCUGUUAAAAUGAUGAUCACCGUCGUUCUGCUAUUCACCAUUUGCUGGGCACCAUUCCACACAGUCCACAUGCUGUUUGAGUACUAUGACCUGGAGAAGAAAUAUGACGGAGUCACACUUAACAUGAUCAUCGCCAUUGUUCAGGCCUUUGGGUUCUUCAACAGUUUCAACAAUCCUAUCGUGUAUGCCUUCAUGAACGAGAACUUCAAGAAGAGCUGUGUCUCCACCCUCUCCCACUGCAUCCGCAAACCUAACCAGCAGGGUGGUGCUGUGGUGGGGCCCAGACUGAGCGUGCAGUUCAUCAAACCCCAAAGUAGAGAAGCCUUCCUUGAAUCAGAUGAAGGCAACAGCUCCAAGCAGCACUCAGCAGAGAAAGGCCCUUCAAGUUCUUCGCAUGGAGAGAGCUCGCUGGAAAUAAUAGGAGAAAAAAUCUCCACCAUCCAAACAGAGCUCCCUGCAAACAGCUCCUUUCAGGUCAAAUGAGAAGGAACCAGCUCAAAGUUCAAGUGUUUAGCUGCUGAACUUGACCCUCCUGUUUGCUGUCAAUCACUGGCCCUUGACACUACCAGCUGCAGGUGAGUCAGAUAUGACUUCAAGUCUCACAGUUGCGGUUCAGAGACUCAAAGUCACACAGCUUGAAAACAUCUUGAAAAUAUCUCUGCAGUGCCAGAAGCAAGAGUGUUUUUUCAUUCUGGUCUGGAGAGCAGCAGGAAGGAAAUUAAGGAAUUCCAAAAAGAGGCAGUUUUCCUAUUAAGACUGCCCUGGGAGCAAUCUGGCCCAGCGGUCAGACACGGAAACACCAGUUUGUUAUGUGAAUCGAGAAAUAAUUUCUGUUGAGAUGUCUCUGAAAUCUGUAGGACAUUCAGCAUCUCUCAGUGAGCAUUUAAUGAUGUGUCAUCGUGAACCGUGUUCAAUGUCAUCCCAAAUAAGCACAGACUGUUACCACUGCAAUAUUAUGGUACACUGGGAACUGUUAGGAAAAGACAUCAUAGAGGACACUGACUUUACAGAGCCAUGCUUUUAGCAGCAAAGGAUGACCAAGGAUGACGUCUUGACUUUUAUUGCACUGCCAAAUUUGCAUUAGUUUAAGUCAGCUAUUCAGCAUGAAACUCAGUUCAGUUUAGGUUAAUUCAACUACAAACCUUUAUUUUAAUAAGGUAACUUUUGCUGUUUAGACUCUCAGACAUUCUUCAUUGCUUUAAAAAUCUUUCGGAGAUCAGAGAUCACCUCUUCAUAAAACUCAUCUGAUGAUGAAACACACACUUUUCAUGCCUCCGCGCCAGAGAUAGCCAUGGCCAGUAUCGAGGUCUCGCCCACAGACCCGGCCAACUAAAUCGCAAGUCGGCCUCAGCUGUCAUUCGUGAGGUGAAACCCUGUUUUUAUAGCAUCAAAUAACUAAUUAAAACCAAACUUAUAAGAAAAAUGAACACUUGAACAUACAUCAGUAUGAUAAGAACUACCUAAAAUGACAGAAACUAUCUU